AUGUUGAGUAGCGGCCCCAGCACUAUCCACUGCUAAUCACUGGCAGCCAACCAGAAAAAGCCCCCUUUAUUUCUGCCACUCUUUGUCUCCUGCCGUCCAGCCAACUUGCCAUCCAUGCUAGUAUCCGCCCUUUGAUACUGUGGGCUCUCGUCUUCCUUAGCAGCCUCAUGUGUGGCACCUUAUCAAAGGCUUUCUGAAAAUCUUGAUUCGUAAGGGUGUCAGGGGUUAUGGGGAGAAGGUUUUGAGAGGGAGAGAUAGAUCAGCCAUGAUUGGAUGGCGGGGUAGACUAGAUGGGCCGAAUGCCCUAAUUCUGCCUCUUGAACUUGUGAACAAUAAGGGUCUUGACCAAAAACGUUACCAUCCAUGUUCUCCAGAGAUGUUGCCAGACCUGCCGAGAGUUACUCCAGCACUGUAUGCCUUUUGUGUAUUGACCAGCAUCUGCAGUUCUUUGUUUUUACAACAGGGUCCCCUUGUGUUCGCCUAUAACUACGCUCUGUCCCGCCCCUUUGUUUUAACCAGCUCUUUCCCGUCCCCCUGCAGUGAGUCUGAAGGGUUCCGACCCGAAAUGUCACCUAUCCAUGUUCUCCAGCAUGUUGCCUAAACCGCUACGUUACUGCAACAUUGGCCUUUCUCUUGUAUAAAGCGGAACCUGCAGUUCCUUGUUAUUACUAUUUUUUUAAACUGAUAUUAUUUAGUUCAUAAGGCAGCCAAACCUCCCAGGAAUCACCAAGGUUGAGAAAGAGCCCUAUCAUCAGUGUUGAACAAGCCAGGAGGAGCAUUGCAGACGUGACCCCAUAACUAGGCGACCGUGGACACGGAUGAUCCUCGGCAGCAGGGCAUACGAGCCGAGGGUUUGUCUAAUGGGAAUAUCAAACUCUACUUCACUUCAGAUCCGCACUGUCCGACAGGUCACCAGCACCAAUGCCCACACCCCUUGAACUUGGAAGAAGAAAUGCCCAUCUGCUGUAUUUCUGAGAAGAGACUACAAAUUGCAGAGUGAGCUGUUGGGCAGCGAGACUCAUUCCUGAAUGGAAAAAGUUCAAGAGCACUGUCCCUGGAAUGAGCUUUGGCUCGAGAAGAAUCAAUUCCCUGUACAAUUGAAAACUUGCGUAACUGCUUUUGAUGAAAGAACUUCAUCGUUUGACCCUCUUGCUGAAACACCGUUGAUCUGAUAAUCUGAGAACGCAGCGUCGCCGGAGACGGGGUGUUCAAUCGUUCCACGUGUGGGAAACUAUCCGUCUGGUCAUCCUACCCACCGAUACACCGGCACGAGGCCGUCCAACUGUGCUGAGUGUAGAAAACAUUCACUCAGUCUUUCAAUAUGAUGGCCAACGGGCAGUUUCACACCGGAGACCGGCCAUUUGUGUGCCCUGAAUGUGGGAAGAGCUUCACUCGGCCAUCGGGUCUGAAGGCACACCAGCGGGUUCACACUGGGGAAAGGCCAUUCACCUGCUCGAUCUGCUUGGAGGUAUUCUCUCAGUCCAAAAAUCUGACGGCACACCAGCGAAUUCACACGGGGGAGAAGCCAUUCAGCUGCUCUGAGUGUGGGAAGGGAUUCACUUGGUCAUUCAGCCUGGUAAUUCACCAGCGGAUUCACAGAGGAGAGAAACCCUUCACCUGCUCUGCGUGUGGAAAGGGAUUUUUUGAUUCGUCCAGUUUGACGAAACACUUGCGAGUCCACACUGGGGAGAGACCGUUUGUCUGCUCUGAGUGUGGCAAGACGUACACUCGGUCGUCCCACCUGCUGAUGCACCAGCGCGUUCACGCCGAGGUGAGACCGUUUAUCUGCUCCGAGAGUGGGAAGGGAUUCGCUCGAGGAUCCCACCUGCUGACGGAGCCGCAGGUUCGCACGUUCACCUGCCCUGAGUGCGGCAAGGCGUUCGAUCAGUCGUCCGAGUUACAGAAACACCAGCGAGUUCACACGGAGGUGAAGCCGUUCAUCUGCACUGAGUGUGGGAAGGGAUUCCGUUUGUCAUCUCGGCUACUGACGCACCGGCUAAUUCACACUGGGGAGAGGCCAUACGCCUGCGCUGCAUGUGGGAAGGGAUUCAUUCAGUUGUGUCAGUUACAAAAGCAUCGGCGAGUGCACACUGGGGUAAAAGAUUAACCCAGGAGGAACCCUGUUCAAUACUUCAGUUGGAGUUUGUUUCUGACAGUCAGUAACCCCUAUAACUGGGCUGAAGGUUAAUAUUCUGUAUCGGUGAUAAAUACAUUGGAUCUGCUCGAAACACAUUUCAGAUCCUUAAUGUCUUUGUAAAACACUGUACAGUAGUAGGAGAGCCCGUUUGGCCAAACUGUUCCCUCCCAGUGUUACUGCCCCACGCCAGUUCCUCCUCUCACCUGUUGGAAUGUUCUUAGAAACAUAGAAAUUAGGUGCAGGAGGAGGCCAUUCAGCCCUCCGAGCCAGCACCACCAUUCAUUGUGAUCAUGGCUGAUCGUCCCCUAUCAAUAACCUGUGCCUGCCUUCUCCCCAUAUCCCUUGACUCCAGUACCCCCUAGAACUCUUAUCUAACUCUCUCUUAAAUCCAUCCAGUGAUUUGGCCUCCACUGCCCUCUGUGGCAGGGAAUUCCAUAAAUUCACAACUCUCUGGGUGAAAAAGUUUUUUUCUCACAGUCUUAAAUGACCUCCCCUUUAUUCUAAGACUAUGGCCCCUGGUUUUGGACUCGCCCAACAUUGGGAACUUGUGUUUGUUUUUUUCCCGCUCCAUUUCCCAUGAAUUGCAUCCCUGCUGUUCACCUUGAUCCUAUCCCUGUGGUGACGGGUUCCAUAUUGUCCCCACUGAAUCCCCUGUGUGUGAAGUCUCCACUGGAUUCCCUGUGAGACUUUCUGAUAUAUAAUUUAAAAAAACAGACCGCAGUUUGAGAAAUGGAGAUCGGCAGGUUACCCCUUAAACACCUUUUCGUGGUGGUACUGGACCGACUACUCUCGUUCCCUACCAUCGCCUUCGAUGGCCCUGACGCGGAUACUGGCAGGGGAGGGCCAUCUGCCUUGUUCGGCAACAGACAGGAGGUCGCAAUGUGGGGAGCAGCUCAUGCCACCAAAAGUUUAAUGUCUCUGCUGAUCCAUGUGCUCUUCGGGGAGGAUACAGGGACACAGUCGUAUAAUGGCUGUGUGUGGGAGAUUCCAUGGGAGAUUCAGUCCGACAAACGGCUGCCACUUUGCGGGUAACAAUGUACAACAGUGGGCAGCUGAUAGUGGGGUGCAGUGGACCCUUCACAUCCCGUGUUACCCACAAGCAGCAGGGCUGAUGGAGCGUAUGAAUGGUCUACUAAAAGAGAAGAUACGUACAAUAACUCACUCCCACACGCUCAAGGGGUGGGCCCUUGUGUUACAGCAAGCAGUAAACAACUUGAGCCAACCCCCUUUGGCAGGGGGGACGUGUACCAUCAUAGGGAGUGAAUGCGCACUUACAGUACAUACUGGAGGCCAGUGAAAAUAUUACGGACCUGGUGGCCGACUAGCGACAACGGGUUAAUGCCUUUAAUAAAGUUGGCUAACAGUUGCAAGAUGAGGCCACGGAGACCAUGUGGUGGAAUUGCUGGGCUUGGAGGUAGGGGGCAUAUUGUGCAACGGCUGGUGACUGGGCGUGUUGUCGUAGUAAUUGGCAUAAUAUUCUGCAAUUGUGUGCUUCCCUACUGCUGUGCGAGAAGGGCCCAGAGGGUGAAGGGGUGGUACUGAACCUGCGGGUCGUAUGUAACGGGCCAGCCUGAGGGCCGAAUGUACUGUGAUUUGGGGUGUAUGGGGUUAAGGUGAGGUGAAAUGAUGUUUAAAACAUCACUGCAUGCUUCGGCUGAUUCAAAGGGGCCAGUAAAUCACGAGGAUGCCUGCAUAAUGGUUAAGAUAAGCUUUGCUUUCACAGAGACGUCGAGACUAGCUCAGUGUCUGAUCAUAGAAACAUAGAAAAUAGGUGCAGGAGGAGGCCAUUCGGCCCUUUGAGAUCAUUGUGAUCAUGGCUGAUCGUCCCCUAUCAAUAACCCAUGCCUGCCUACUCCCAUAUCCCUUGACUCCACUAGCCCCUAGAGCUCUAUCUAACUCUCUCUUAAAUCCAUCCAGUGACUCUCUGAGUGAAAAAUUCACAACUCUCUGAGUGAAAAAGUUUUUUCUCACCUCAGUCUUAAAUAACCUCCCCUUUAUUCUAAGCGAUUAUUGAUCAAAACCAUAACUCACGCCAUUAUGGAACAGAUAGUUAGUUUAACACAUAAUCACCUCACAUUCUUAGAGAUAGAAUUAUUUUACUGAACUUUUGAUUAUUAUUGUUUGUAUACUGGGUGCCAUGUAUUUAGACGGGCGCUAAUGCAGGCCGACGAUUCCCGGGUGUAUUGUAAAGAACAGUCCAUAUCAACUACAAUGAAGUUAUCGGCUAAAUUAGCAGCACAGCAUUUAAAAAACCCUUAAAGUACAAGAUGUUCCCAAGACAAGUGGGAGAUGUUCCCACAAUGCAUGGGAACGGCUAAGAUGCUGAGCAGACCACUUUGGGCGGCCCACCUGUGCCUCCUGCCAUUAGUAGUUCAGAAACAUUGCAGUCUAGGGGGCUUAUGUUUGGCACGGAGGGCGGGGGGUGCAAAGGCACGGUCUGCUCAGAUAAGAAAUGCCUUAAAGGAUGGAGUUGGGUGCCCUUCCAGGAGGAGAGAGCCGCAGCCUCACACCAUAUCACGAAUGGUGCCAGGUGAUCAACAACAGGACCAUCCAGCGGCGUGCUCUGCUGUGUACUCGGGGUUUGCGAGUUUGUACGCGGAUACGUGAAUCUGUGUGCCUUAUUUGGUCGUGUAAUUAAACUACCUUGUUAUUCGCA